AGCAAAGGGAACCCCGGAGUUGCACCCAGACGCUGCUAGUGACUACUAAGUGCUGCUCGUUAUCAUGGUUAUUGAGCUAGCGUUACUUCUCAAGAUUGAGACGAAUACGAAUAGCCUGGUAGCGUUAUGGGAAGUUUCCCCAGUCGUCCAUUGAUGAUUAAUUUCUGAAAUAGUACUGAAGGUAUAGAACUUGUACUUGAAAUCUGAGAGUGAGACAAAGUCUGUGCAGUAGUAGCCAGUACUACUACUACUAGCUAGUGGCAUACAUGUAUGUAUUGCCAACUGCCAUAACAUUCAGUAGCCAUACUCCCCCGGCCCUCGUGUUGCCAACACUGUCUUGCAGUUGGACUUGAAGUGGUGAGAGUCAGUGUCAGACUCACUGUGGCUAACACCUACAGAACUGGACGAUUCAGAGUCACCAACGGACGAUUCGAACGGUUUCAGCUUGCAUCCUGCUUACAUAAUUUCCGGUACAACUAACUUCUAUCAAGCAGCGCGGCAACCUGGUAUCACUACUAUCAGGAAGAAGCAGCUAGCUGUUACUGCAUCUCAGAGUCAUAAGCUAGCCCACUAGCGCUAGUGACAGUAGUGUCAUAGUGAUUCAGCGCUGUAGUACUAUACUGCCGCUGUCGGCUGUUAUAUCCGCUUCCAGUGGAGGAGACAGGACAGUGCAUGUGACGUCCACCGGCCGCUUUCAGGAGUCUGAGCCGAUUAACAGGGAGAUUUUAUCUGCGGCCGUGUGUCUGCUUGGCGCUACUGCCAGUUCGGUGAUUGGCUCGGCGGUUGUUUUGUAAUCGGUUGUGCAGAGAAUCUCUUAGUCAUCCGGCACCCAGGCACAGGUUUCUGACAGGGUAUCUGCAUCUGUACAGUGACGUCGUGUGAGUCGACUCAUAGCAGUAGCAGAAUCUACUAUGGCACCGGUCACAGGCAGUGCUCGUGGAACGCCCAAAGGCAAAUGGGCAGACACUAUGAUCAGGCUAGCCAAGAUCCACAGUAGUAGCAAUACGGUGCCAGCCUCCGCACGCUGCACGCGUGGUGAAGCCUCCGACUCCGGCCCACAUCCGAAUCACACCAAAUCUGGCCAAGCCAGCCAUUCCGUUGCCACUGGCAACCCCUCAGCUCGCCCAGAGGCGAUGUACAAGGUGUCCUUCUUGGGAGAAUCAUCAGUCGGAAAGACGUCCAUUCUUCACCGGUAUAGCAAGGGACGGUAUACGGCCAACAUCAUGAGUACGAUAGGCAUGGACUUCGUUACUUUACCGAUGGUAGUGGAUGGAAUGAACCUUUGUAUGAAAGUUUGGGACACGGCUGGACAAGAGCGAUUCCGAACCCUGACUAUGCAGUUCUUUCGCGGUGCAAAGGGCUUGUUUUUUGUGUACGAUCUCUCAUCUCGGGAUUCCUACGAACGUAUCACAGACUGGCUUCAGAUGGCAUCUAAGGAUGGUCUAACACCAAUGCGUGAGGUCAUGUUCAUCGUCGGCAAUAAGAAUGAUCUGCCUGAUUCAGAGAAAGAAGUGGAUGUAAAAGAAGCCGAAGAGUUUGCCGAAGCUCACCAUUGCAAGCACUUUGUAGUAAGCGCUAAAACCGGCGAAGGUAUCACUGAGCUUUUCCAGGUCAUGAUGACGGACUUGAAGGAUUCAUUCGGUCCACACAGCUCAACCAGGACAGCUUUCUCACAAUUGCCGCGUGGCAGCCCUGCUUCCAAUAGCGCAGUACCACGCAAAGUUUCCGGUGGCUUUCAACUUCAUGCAGAGAGCCAUGAAAGCACAGUGUGUGAAUCCAAGGCAAGGCCGGGAGAAAAACCUGCCCUCAGUUGCUGUCGUGCUGCAUAGUGCUGCAGACCACAAUGUAGCUAUUAUAUAUAACCCGUUGUGCAAGUGUCAUGAGCAUCCUAACCUGUUACUUGACUGAGUGAUACUUUCAUGCAACUGUUCACCUUCGAACUUGUUACUAGUAGCCUAUUACAUGUACCAAGAGUCUCUUACCCAGAUUGUGCAACAGUGUGAUAUGUUAUAUACAUAUGGGUCAGAUAUAUGGCUAUCUGCCGUUAUUGUAGAAAACAUAGCAUCAGCUAUACAAUACUGAAGCCACCAAAAAGGUUA